ACGGUCACCUCCUCCACCGGCCCUAUAUAUUCCCUCCGUUUCUCUCUCUCUAGAACCCCAUCGGAUUUUCUCUCUCCUGCCCUCUUCAAUCAAUGGCGUCGCCCAAUUCAAAAUCUCUGUGGUUCUCUCUGUGCAUUCUGGUCCCCUGUUUUGUGUCCCUCUGUGAAGCUUACACCUUCUAUGUGGGCGGCAAAGACGGGUGGGUCCUCAACCCCUCUCAGGACUACAACUCUUGGGCUCAGAGAAACAGAUUCAAUGUCAAUGACGUUCUGGUGUUCAAGUAUGCGAAGGGGGUGGAUUCUGUGUUGGUGGUGAGUAAAGAGGAUUAUGAGCAGUGUAAUUUGAAGAAUCCGAUUGUGAAAUUGAAGGAUGGGAAUUCGGAGUUCAGAUUUGAUCGGAGUGGGCCUUUUUAUUUUGUUAGUGGCAAAGAUGGGAGCUGUGAGAAGGGCCAGAAAUUGGUGGUCGUUGUUCUUGCUGUAAGGCCUCCUCCGUCGCCGCUGCCGGUCGUUCCUUCGCCGCCGUCGCAUUCGCCUCCUGGAGCCGAGUCUCCGAAACCUGGUUCUGGCUCGCCGUCUCCCUCUGGUUCUCCUGGUUCGCCGUAUCCCGGAGCCAAAUCUCCGUCCGGCUCUCCGCCGUCGGGGACGCCCAGUUCGCCGUCGCCUUCUGGGUUUCAAACGCCGGUGACGACACCAACACCGGCAGGUUCUCCUGGUUCGCCGUAUCCCGGAGCGAAAUCUCCGUCCGGAGCUCCGCCGUCGGGGACACCCACUUCACCGUCGCCUUCUGGGUCUGAAACUCCGGUGACGACGCCAGCACCGGCUGGUUCUCCCUCUUCGCCGAUUCCGGGAGCGAAAUCUCCGUCAGGAGCUCCGCCGUCGGGAACACCCACUUCGCCGUCGCCUUCUGGGUCUGAAACUCCGGUGACAACACCCGCUCCAGCCGGUUCUCCCUCUUCGUCGAUUCCGGGAGCGAAAUCUCCUUCAGGAGCUCCGUCGUCGGGGACACCCACUUCGCCGUCACCUUCAGGGUCUGAAACUCCGGUGACGACACCAUCUCCGGCCGGUUCUCCCUCUUCGUCGAUUCCGGGAGCGAACUCUCCGUCAGGAGCUCCGUCGUCUGGCUCUCCCUCAGUGUCCCACACUUCGCCGUACGGCUCUCCCGGAGCAAACUCUCCGUCGGGGUCCCCCCCUUCGCCGUUCCCCGGUGGCGCUGCCGGCCCCGGAACAUCUCCGGCGGGCUCACCAUCCUCGACAGCGUACCCAUCUCCAGCAGGCUCACCAUCUUCCGGAACAAAAUCUCCGACAACUUCACCAUCUCCGGCCGGCGCCAUAACCCCCACAACAGCUCCGGCGGCGGUACCAUUCGGCUCCCCAGUACCGUCGCUACUGCCGCCGGAGUCCAGUGGCCCGGCAAGUUCGCCUCCGUCGCCACCAUUACCUCCGGGAUCGUCGUCAUCAGGAUCACCGGGGCCAUCGCCGAGUGGGUCAGGAAGCGGUGCGGCGAAUGACAGAACAACAGGACCACCGCGAUCGUCCGCCAUAGCCACGUCUCCGUCAGCAAUUUUGUUGGGUACCUUUGCAGUUGUGGUUCUAAGUAUGGUCAUUAAUGGCGGUAUUGCAUUUACUUGAGAAGAAAAAUAAAUUAAAAUAAAUUUCUUACUUUUACUUCUAGGGUUUGUGAAUAAAAUUGAGAGUAAUUACUCCAAUAAUUGCUUUUUUUUUUUCUCUUUUCAAUCAUCACACUUCAUAGUAUUUAAAUUAAGCCAUUAAUGACCAGUGUUGUGUUGGUUUGGUUUGGUUUGGUUUUGUAUUUGUAAUGUAAUAUUCUCCCAUUUUUGUUCCUCUGUAUAUGUAUAUGUAUGUGUUCCAUGUUGUUGAAUUUA